AUGACAAAAGAUAUCAGGACGGGCGAUUUAGUGUUAUGCAAAGUUGGCUCGUUUCCACCUUGGCCGGCUGUAGUAUUUCCACAACGAUUGCUUCGAAACGAUGUAUAUAGGAAGAGAAAAUCCAAUUGUGUUGCAGUCUGUUUUUUCAACGAUCCAACUUAUUAUUGGGAACAGCCAAGCAGACUAAAAGAGCUGGACCAAGAUACCAUUCAUAAUUUUAUAUCAGAACAUGGUAAAAAUGCUAAUCAAAGGGAACUGGUUAAUGCCUAUAAGGAAGCGAAAAAUUUUGAUGAUUUUAACGUAUUUUUGCAAGAAAAAUUUGAGGAGGAAAACCGGUUAAAUGAUUUGAUGGCGUUUGAGAAGAGUGAAGGUUCUAAAAUUGUCUCCGGGGAAGAUCCCUUUAUAGGUCGGACAAAAGUAGUGAAUAAAAGAAAGAAGACUUCCAUAUCUCCCAGGGACGAUGCGGAAGAUAAGCAGCAAUCAAACGAAGAAGAAAGAAAACCGAAUAUCAAACCGGCCAAAAAAAAGAGACCGAUGGCCAAUCCGGAAGUUAAAUCAAAUACUAGUAAUAAAAAAAAAGUUAAAUUAGACUAUUCCAGGAGAGUAGAAAUUUCACAAUUGUUUCGCCGUAGGAUUCAAAGGAACUUAAUUCAGCGAGAAUCACCUCCGACUGAGCAUGACAUCAAGGAAACGCAUGAAUUAUUAAAUAGGAUAUAUGAGAAUUCAGACAAUAAGAAACCCUUUUUUGAUUUAAAAGCCCUGCGCGAAAGUAAAUUACACAAGCUACUGAAAGCGAUUGUUAAUGAUCCUGACUUAGGGGAAUUUCACCCGCUUUGUAAAGAAAUUUUGCUGUCCUGGGCAGACCUAAUCACGGAACUGAAGAAAGAAAAAUUACAGGCAUUACCUACGCCUUGA